AUGCUCAGCCCCAAAAUGCAACGUUCCGUGCGUGUUAACGAAAAUCAGCUGAUUAUGCUGUCCGAUCGGGCACAGUAUGAUCACUCUAUGCAUGGAUAUCUGCACAAACGAACGUCCGAUAACAACAAAUGGCAGAUGCGAUGGUUUGUGCUGUACCAGAACUUACUCUUCUACUACGAAUCGGAACAAUCAUCACGCCCUUCCGGACUCAUCUUCCUGGAGGGCUGCUACUGUGAGCGACUUGUUUCAGCCCCCUCGUUAUCAGGACCCCCCAUAUCCACCAACGCCGGCCAGGCUUCCAAAAUCAUAAAAGAGGAAAAACUACAGCAUUGCUUCACUAUUUGCUACCGACGGGAAAAUCAACGACAGUACGAACUGCGUGCAGCCACGGAAUCCGAAUGUUCAGCAUGGAUCAUAGCAAUCCGGGAAGCCAGCUUCAACAAACUGCUACUUCAGAAGGAGGAACUCGAGCAGAAGCAUGUCCAUCUGUUGCAAGUAGUCGAAAGCGAGAAGACGGCCAAAUGGCAGUACACUCAGCAGUGCGAGGAACUGGCAUCAGAAAUACGCAAACUUCGCACCGAGAUUUGUGUGCUGAGAAAGGAGACCCGAUCCAGCUACUCUGCCACGCCGGUAGGAAGGGGUAGCUUUAGCGUCCCGGCCGACUCGCAGGACGACCACGGUUCGCUUCCGGGCCUAUGCGCUUCGGUGCAGGAUUCGAUUGAGCUGCGCAAGAUCAAGAAGGUGCAGAGCUUCUUCCGCGGAUGGCUUUGUCGACGGCGCUGGAAGCAGAUCGUGGAGGAGUACAUCCGAUCGCCGCACGCCGAAAGUAUGCGCAAGCGGAACCACCUCGUGUUUAGUAUGGUCGAGGCAGAGGAGGAGUACCUGGAGCAGCUGGAAGUGCUGGUGGCGUGCUUUCUGCGCCCGUUCAAGAUGGCCGCCAGCUCGAAGCGGCCUCCCUGCUCGCACGAGGACGUCAACUCGAUUUUCCUCAACUCCGAGACGGUCCUGUUCCUGCACCAGAUCUUCCUCAAAGGACUGACCUCACGGCUCGAGUCGUGGCCGACGCUAGUGCUUGGCGACCUGUUCGACAUGCUGCUGCCCAUGCUGAGCAUCUACCAGGAGUACGUGCGCAACCAUCACUACAGUCUGCAGGUACUGACCGAGUGCAAGAGCAACACCAACUUUGCCACGGUGCUGAAGCGUCUCGAGGCGAAACCCUCCUGCCAGGGUCGCAGUCUGGAGACGUUUCUUACCUAUCCAAUGCACCAGAUCCCGCGGUACAUCAUCACGCUGCACGAGCUGCUGGCGCACACGCCCCAUGACCACGUCGAGCGGAAAAGCCUGCAGAACGCUCGUCAACAGCUCGAGGAUCUUUCACGCCAAAUGCACGACGAAGUGUCGGAAACGGAAAACCUGCGUAAGAAUCUGGCUGUCGAGCGAAUGAUAGUGGAGGGUUGCGAUAUCCUACUCGACGUCAAUCAGGUGUUUGUGAGGCAAGGAAGUUUGGUGCAAGUUCCGCCAGGACGAGGACGAAUACGCAGCCGCUUGGCUUCGUUCAAAAGCGAGCGAGAUGCCGUACGGCAGUGCUUUCUGUUCUCCAACCACAUGAUUAUUGCGACGAGAACGUCUGGUGGUCGGUUGCACCUGCUACCGGAUGUAGGGAAAAUCCCACUCGCCGAUGCCACACUUGUGGAGGAUCCUAGCGACGUGCAGCACGAUGAUGAGGAGGCUUCCGUUUGUUCGGCAUCAACCCGCGGAAGUACGCUGAGCGUGACGGAAUCAGUAAAUGCCGGGAACAGGGACUUUAAGAUACUGGUCGAAUCGAAAUCGGGCGCCCGACACGGUAUCCAUUUGGUUGCACCGACAAUCCAGGACAAGGAAGCGUGGAUCAGUGACAUCUCGCAAUGUCUCGAUAACAUUCACAUGCAUUCGUUGCUUUCGCCGGGAAUUGGUGGAUCGUCGGGAGCAUCCCUUCUUGCAGGCCAUCAGGCAUUGCGAGCGGAUCCGCGUCUGUUCAAAGACGACGUGGAUAUUCGCUUCUCGCGAACGUUGAAUUCGUGCAAACUACCGCAGGUGCGCUACGCCACGCCGGAACGUCUGCUCCAGCGUCUGACGGACUUGAGGUUCCUAUCGAUAGACUUUCUGAAUACCUUCCUGCUAACGUACCGUGUGUUCACUGACGGCGAGACUGUGCUGAACGCCCUCAAGAGUGUGUUUUACGAUCCACCCGUCGAACCGUCGUGUGAUUGUGAACAUCAGACGGACUUUCUCGAACUACCGUACCAGGACGGGCGGGCCUCUCCACGUCGCACAUCGGGUGCAAGUUCCGUUUCCGGCUACUGCUCCGAGGGUGCCGACCGGGAUCGCUCGAUGAGCGGUGACUCAACAGGUCUUCGAUUUCGAGGUUCUCGCAGGGGCUAUCAGAAUCAUCAGAGUGCGGAGCAGGAAACCCUCUCCUGGAUUCCGGAGCAGGUCGGGCCGGUAAUAGUGCACAGUGCGCACCAUCCGAGCGAGAAGCUGGAGGAGAAGCCGAUCGAACCGACCGGUGGAACGGUGCAUUUGCAGAGUAAAUCGCAGCACCAGAUUCAUCACCAGCCACAGGACGACUCGUACCUGGUCAUACCGAAGGCGAUGCCCGGUUCCAGCAGUUCCGAUACUUUGACAGAAACAGUCAUGAGCGGACCGUCCUCACCUUCCAACCUGAGCAGUGUCACUCUGGUCGGAUCCACCGGGUCCGGUGGGCAGGACAAAUCGGACGACACUCCGACGGAGGGAACGUUCAAGUACGGUAAGGCACCCACCAGCCCACUACCAGAGCGUAUCAACCUGAAGGUGCACGCCAAGCAAAGCUACACGACGACGACGCCACCGACUCCCACCAUCUGCACCACGGACACCAGUCAAACGGAGGACGACCAGGCGCCAUUAAAACAAGCCAAACAACAGCAGACAUGCCAGGAACAACAGCAGCACCAGCACCAACAGCAUUAUUUGCCGCAACAUCAGCAGCAACAAAUUAAACUUCCUCCCACACCGCCAACUGUAACGACAACGCCGUGCUACGGCCCAUCGAAUGGCCAGUCGCCGAACGGACAUCAUCCGUUGCAGGAACAGCACUCCCUUCCGUCGCCGAAACCGGAACAGGCGACCAUCGUGCAGGGACGGCUGGAGUAUGGCGGUCCGAAAAUCGUAACUCAACCUUAUCUGACGACCUCGACGACGCCGACGACGACGGUUACGAUAACGACGGCGACGACAACAACGGCUACGUCCGCGAAGAGCAUCUCCCCGCCACACCUGCUGCCGACCGACCGCCGACCGAGCGUUGGCCACAACAUCGCCAUCCCGCAUGCCGCCCUCUGCCAGCAUCGCCACAGUCUGCAGCUCAACGGUGACGGCAGCCUCUUCAGCAAGAGCGAAAAGACCAGCAGCAGUCCACGGCUGACGACUCGUAAAUUUUCUGCCCCAAAGACACCGGAACGACAGCGCAAGAGCCUGUUCGGGACACCGCAAAGGGAUCGUGAUUCUUCCAGCACACGCCGAUUUUCCGAAAGCGACGACGACAUGGCCACGUCAAUCUUCACCACCCCCCGCGGAUCGCUGGGCGGCGUUUCCCUCAACACCAUUUCGUCCCGCGCUUCCAUGCAGCACGAUCACGUUCCUCACUGCUCCAGCAAAGUAGGCGUAGUAAUCACCUCCUACCGCCAGUCGCAACGCAGCAUGGGACCGGAUCCUCUGUGGAGUAGCACAUCGACGGCCGCGGCGGCAUUCGCGAUCGCUACCUCAGCUUCCAGCAAUCCCCGGGACGAGCCCCCCGAGGUGGAAGCUAGGAACCGAAAGGAAUCCGUCGUCAGCUCGCCGGCCACCAUGCGGGUGCUGAACGUGCUGCGGCACUGGGUGUCGAAGCACUUCCAGGACUUCGAGCAGGAUGCAGCUCUGCGCAGUCAGACGAUAGCCUUCCUGGACGACAUCACCUGCAGUCCGAACCUAUUGCCCACUGAGCACCGAGCUGCAUCCCAGCUACUGCGACUGCUCUGCCGGGACGACAUCGACAGCGGGAAGCAACAGCUGGAGAUUCUUCUCACGCCACCACAGACGCCGAGCAAGGAAAGCAUCGAGACGCUGUCAGCGCUGGAAAUUGCGGAACAGAUGACCUACUUGGACCAUCAGAUUUUCUUGGCCAUACGUAGCGAAGAGUUCCUAGGUCAAGCUUGGAUGAAAUCGGACAAGAAGUCCCGGGCGGAGCAUAUCAUUCUUAUGACGAAACGCUUCAAUGACGGCUCACGGUUAGUUUGUUCGGAAAUUGUGUCAAGGAGCAACAUGGCGGCGCGGGUAGCGGCCAUCGAAAAGUGGACAGCCGUGGCGGACAUUUGUCGUUGCUUGCACAACUUUAAUGGGGUGCUGCAAAUUUGCGCUGCCUUCACGAAUGCGGCCGUUUAUCGACUGAAGAAAACCUGGGACAAAGUACCUAGGACAAUCAAAUCGACAAUCACAAAACUGCAGGCCGUGGUGUGUUCGGACGGCAGGUUUCGUGUGAUGCGCGAGGCCCUGCACCGGUGCGACCCACCCUGCAUCCCGUACCUGGGCAUGUAUCUGACCGACCUGUCCUUCAUCGAGGAGGGCACACCGGACUUUACACCGGAUGGGCUGCUGAACUUCUCCAAAAUGCGUAUGAUUGCGCACGUAAUACGCGAGAUACGCCAUUUCCAACAGACGCCGUACAAAAUUGAUCACAUACCGAAAGUUACAUCCUACCUCCUGGAUACAUCGUUGCUGCUGGACGACGACGAAUUGUACCACAAAUCACUCCAGAUCGAACCGAGAAGUUCGCGUCUCAGCGCGCCCAACACGGCCAAUGUUUAA